AUCUCUUGAUGUAUACAAUGUAUGGACUAGGUCAUUUAGGUCGAUACAUGUAGGUCAGUGACAUUUAAUAUUUAUCCUACUCUAUGGUCAGUCACUAUUUGACAUUCUAUUAAAACAAAACAAAGUAACAAACCGUUAUUCAAUCAAUUAAUGACAAAAAGCAAGAACAUAUUGGUCUUAUGAACAUUUUAUACAUAUUCGCCAAUGGACGACCAAGCUAAAAUAUUGAAAUACCUCAUCUGUGUUGAAAAAAUAGCGGAGGAAAUAAUGAAUGACAAGCGUGAAAUCAUUAUGUUAGAUAAAAGAAGAAAUCAAAACCGAGAGGCCUUAAGAGACCUUUCCAAGUCUUUACAACUAAAAUGUUGGGUGACUGUAGGUUCAGUUCUUAUAAAGCAUAAUCUCGAAGCAACAAAAACCUUAUUAGACGCCGAUCAAACACAGUUAAACAUAAACAUAAAUAAACUGCGUAGUAAUCUUAAAGUAAAAGUAAAUAAACUGAGAGAUUUGGAAAUGCAGCCUCCAGUGCCAGGUCUAAUGUUAGUUCCAAUGAGUAAUAAGGAAACUGAAGGUUUGUCGAGAGCUGGAUUAUUUCCACAUUAAAUAAUUAUGGGAGUU